UUCCCACCUCGGCGGACUCUGUCCGUUAAAACUGAUAAGCUGCCAGGCUCGACAUUCGACUGUUGAGGCGGGACCAGUGGGCAUCAUAUGCCCGCGGUAACAUUUUCAUGUUGGCGAACAAUCGCCAGUCGACAACAACCACAGCCUCCAUAAUGAGAUUGAGAGAGUAAACAAUUGAUCUAACUGUGGAAUCUGUAUAGCCUUUAGGUGGUCUUGGUGGUAAAUUUGUCUCUUUCGACUCAUCUUCGGUGAAUCUUUUCUUUUGUAAUUUAUUUGCAAGUAUGACGUCUGCCAUACGUGAUGUUCAACUCCACGAAAACUCUUUUUUCAAACCAUUUCAUAAAUCUCAAGAGCCAUCGAGCAUUACUGGUUCAGAAUCUUUAGAUCUUUACCUCUGAAAAAUAAAAUGCCUGAAACUUCUGAAAAUCGAGAUUCAGGAGAUACCCUGAGAAACGGCGACAAUGGUUCUUUGCCACGCAGGACUACAGAUACCGAAUGUCAGGACUUCUCAUCUCCUCCAGCACUUGACACUCGAACAACAUCACAAAAUGAGCCAACACAUGUUGCAAGACCUGGUCCAGUGCGAACAGACACAGUACCAACCACCUUCUCUCGAUGGAGAAGCCAGAACGGCAACUCGAUGCUCCAGGGGCCUGGUACCUCGACACUUGAACGGCACCGCACAGAAAAGACACAGCAGCAAACAGUGCCCAUUGAUAACGAGUACUAUGUACUGAAUCCAUGGCAUGACCAACAACCCGAUCAGCCCGUCUUUGGGCUUGCUCAGCCUCUACCGCGUACAGUUCGUAAGGGUAUGCGAUGGGGUCGUGAUCAACGUCCAGAGAUAUACAAGGUAGAGCGCCGGAAAGACGAGAUUGGUGAUGACGAUGGUGCUGCAUUUCCGGACAUUCAAAUCCCAAUAGAAUCCCAAGCACAUGACGACGCCGGAAGACCCCUAGCACAGUUUGAGGCGGAUAUUGGCGGCCGAAAGCUAGGUGUACGCCGUGUAGAGGGUGAAGAGGCCGAGCAAGUACUUCGCGAUAGAGGUACAGAUGAGCACGGAUUGCAAUUCUCUCAGUCGCGAGAGCCAAAUAGACACACAUUUGGUCUACAAGACGGCCUACCACCAUUGCACGAAACAGAAACGGGGACAACUUCGGGUACCCGGAAACAGCAGCACGAGAUAGAGGAACAGGAGGCACAAGCUCGUAGAGAUUUCUAUGCGAAGUACAGAAAUCCACUUGCAAGAUUUCGGGCUAGCCAUCCGCAGAUACUAGCUGAAUGGCUGGCGACUACAGUCUACAUUUUCCUUGGUAUAUGUGGCAAUCUCUCAGUCACCACAUCCAACAACACACAAGGUGGAUUCCAGACCCAGGCCUGGGCUUGGGGAAUGGCUGUCAUGGUCGGUAUCUAUCUUGCUGGUGGUAUAUCUGGAGCACAUCUCAACCCCUGCAUAUCGAUAUGUCUUUCCCUGUUUCGCGGAUUUCCCUGGCGAAUGUGUUUUGCAUACUGUCUUGCACAGCUGUUUGCUGGUUUUUGUGCAGGUGGGCUAGCAUGGCUAUUAUUUCGCGACUCAAUCUACCACUUCGAUCCAGGAUUGACGCAGGAGUUGACAGGCAAAGCUAUUUAUACAGUGCCUCAGACCUGGGUGUCUACCAGUACAGCGUUCUUCAAUGAGUUUGUAAGCGCAGCACUAUUGAUCUGUGUUGUGUUCGCGUUGGGGGAUGAUCAAAAUUCCCCGCCUGGUGCAGGUAUGAAUGCUCUUAUUCUCGGCCUGAUAAAUUACCUUCUCGUAAUCACCAUGAGCUACAACACCGGGCCAGCCAUCAGCCCUGCGCGUGACUUCGGGCCCCGUCUCAUUGCGCUGUGGGCCGGCUACGGAACUCAGACAUUCACGACAGGGUGGUGGGCUUAUGGACCUUGGGGUGCUGCAUUAGCUGGAAGCAUUGUUGGUGGACUUCUAUAUGAUAGCUUCGUCUUUGUCGGGGGAGAAAGCCCUGUCAAUUAUCGAUGGCUAGGCCCGAGAGAAGUAAGACAGUACAUGCGGGGCAGGCGAAACUUAGAAAAGGGCCAUGUUAAGGAUUUGGAAGUGUAAAAGUAUGGAUGAUGAUGGAUCUUGAAUUCAUUCUAUUCCCGCAAGAUAGUAGCAAGAGAUUUCCGUUGGAAUGUCGAUGUAGGUUCGGAUAUAAUAGCUUGCCUGACUGGAUAUUGCCGGCUUAGCAACGUCAUAGCGCCCAAACUCCACGAUUACUCUACAGACUACAACAC